AUGCUAAAAAUCAUUAUACCAACAAUAAUAUUAAUUCCCCUGACAUGAUUAUCAAAACACAAUAUAAUCUGAAUUAAUACAACAGCCUACAGCAUACUAAUCAGCCUAAUCAGCCUAAUAUACCUCAACCAACUCCCGGACAACAACCUGAAUCUCUCACCACUAUUUUUUGUAGAUUCCCUAUCAACUCCCCUAUUAAUACUCACAACAUGACUUCUCCCUCUAAUACUCAUAGCAAGCCAACAUCACCUAUCGAAAGAAACCCUCACCCGAAAAAAACUGUAUAUUACAAUACUAGUGACACUACAGCUACUCCUAAUCAUAACAUUUACCGCUACAGAACUAAUCAUAUUUUAUAUUCUAUUUGAAGCCACACUCAUGCCAACACUAAUUAUCAUUACCCGAUGGGGUAACCAAACGGAACGCCUAAAUGCUGGCCUAUACUUCCUAUUUUACACUCUAGUGGGCUCCCUACCUCUUCUGAUUGCCCUACUGUGACUCCAAAACAACCUAGGCACCCUAAACCUGUUAGUAAUCCAAUACUGAGCACAACCCCUGCCAAACUCCUGAUCUAACACGCUACUAUGGCUAGCAUGUAUAAUGGCAUUCAUAGUAAAAAUGCCACUAUACGGUCUUCACCUAUGACUCCCAAAAGCUCAUGUAGAAGCCCCCAUUGCUGGAUCCAUGGUACUUGCUGCUGUACUCCUUAAACUAGGCGGAUACGGAAUAAUGCGAAUCACCGUACUACUAAACCCACUAACAAAUCACAUGGCCUACCCAUUUAUAAUACUGUCCCUAUGAGGAAUAAUCAUGACAAGCUCCAUCUGCCUACGCCAAACGGACCUAAAAUCCCUGAUUGCCUACUCUUCCGUCAGCCACAUGGCCUUAGUAAUCAUAGCAGUGCUCAUCCAAUCACCAUGAAGUUAUGCUGGAGCAACAGCCCUAAUAGUCGCCCACGGCCUAACAUCAUCCCUAUUAUUCUGCUUAGCUAACUCCAACUACGAACGCAUUCACAGUCGCACCAUAAUCCUCGCACGAGGCCUACAAAUACUCCUACCGCUAAUAGCCACAUGAUGAUUACUCGCCAGCCUAACUAACCUAGCCCUACCCCCUACAAUCAACUUAGUAGGGGAACUAUUCGUAGUAAUAUCCUCAUUUUCAUGAUCCAAUAUCACCAUUAUCUUAAUAGGAGUCAACAUCACUAUCACAGCCCUAUACUCCCUAUACAUACUAAUUACCACACAACGUGGAAAACUUACACAUCACAUCAAAAAUAUUAAACCAUCGUUCACGCGAGAAAACUCCCUAAUAGUUCUCCACUUGCUACCCCUCCUACUCCUCUCACUUAACCCCAAAAUCAUCCUAGGCCCUAUCUACU